AUGGCAAAUCUUAAUGUUAUUGAAGCUGUUCGUUUUUAUGUAAGACGAAUGAUUGAAGAUUGUCAUGAUAAUAUAAAAGGACUCAUUAUGGAUAAAGAAACGGCUUCAAUUGUCAGUAUGAUCUAUGCUCAAUCUGAACUUCUUCAAAAAGAAGUCUUUCUUUUUGAACGUAUUGAUAGUACAGGACAAAAAUCACUGAAAUCUCUAAGUGCUAUCUGUUUUAUAAGACCUACUGAAGAAAAUUUGGAAACAUUAGUACGUGAAUUACACGAUCCAAAAUAUGGAAGUUAUUAUAUUUAUUUUAGUAACUUUAUUCAAACAAAUGCUAUCAAAACUUUAGCUGACGCCGAUGAAUUUGCAUGUGUACGAGUUAUACAAGAAUUUUAUGCAGAUUAUUUAGCAAUAAACCCUCAUGUAUACUCACUUAAUAUUCCAACUACGUAUCACAAAUACUACGAAUGGAAUGAUAGUGUAUUGCAUCGAACAGUUCAAGGAUUGGUUUCAUUGAUAUUUUCAUUAAGAAGUAGAAACAUAAUUAUUCGUUUUCAGAAGUCAUCAAAUAUGGCACAAACACUUGCUGAUAGAAUAUAUAGUACUAUGAAAACUCAAACCGAUUCUAUCACAUCAAAUAUUAAUGAUACGAGCCAAACAAUUGUUCUAAUUGUGGAUCGACGUGAAGAUGCAAUAACUCCAUUGAUGAAUCAAUGGACAUAUCAAGCAAUGGUUCAUGAACUGAUUGGUAUAAAAAAUAAUCGUGUUAAUCUAAGUCAAGUACCAGGAAUUAAAAAAGAACUUGAAGAAGUGAUAAUGAAUGCAGAACAUGAUGAGUUUUAUGAAACUAAUCUCUAUAGUAAUUUCGGUGACAUAGCAACGAAUAUAAAAGCAUUGAUGGAAGAUUUUCAAGAAAAACAUAAAAAUCAAUCGAAACUUGAAUCAAUUAGUGAUAUGAAGACAUUUGUUGAAACAUAUCCACAGUUUAAAAAAUUAUCUGGUACUGUAUCGAAGCAUGUGACCAUUGUUAGUGAAUUAUCACGUCUUGUUGGUCUCUACAAUUUACUUGAAGUUAGCGAAAUAGAACAGAAUCUUGUUUGUCAAAGUGACCAUAACGAUAUAGUUCAAAAAAUCAAACGUUUAAUGCAUGAUGAUAAAGUUCGAAAUGAAGAUAUUCUUCGACUUUUAUGUUUAUAUGCAUUACGUUAUGAACAUCAAUCAAACAAUGAAUUGAAUGCACUUAAAAAUGAAGCGCAAAAUCGUCGACAAUUAUCCGAAAAAAAUAUUCGUUUCAUCCCAGCUUUACUUAACUAUGGAGGUCAAAAGUUUCGACAAACUAAUUUAUUCAAUACUCAGACACCAAUGGCUAUAACACGACAAUUUAUUCGAGGAUUGAGAGGAGUUGAUAAUGUCUAUGCACAACAUGUACCAUUAAUAAAAGAUUUACUCGAACAAUUAUUACGUGGUAAACUGAAGGACACAUUCUAUCCGAAUGUGAGUGCCAAAGAUCAAAUAAAUCCAAAUAAUCGUAAUUCAGCGAAUCAAUUGCAGCCACAAGGACAGAUAAUCAAACCAAGUGAAAUUAUUGUUUAUACGAUUGGUGGUAUAACAUAUGAAGAAUCAUUACAUGUUCAUAUGAUGAAUAAACAAGGCGCACGGAUUAUACUUGGGGGUUCUUAUGUACACAAUUUUUCAUCAUUCAUUGAUGAAGUAAUGGCUGGUGCAUCAUGA